GGGCGGGUCGUGCUUUAGUCUUGACAAGAUGGCGUAUGCGGUUGUUUUGCCGCAGGGACACUGAACAAAUUAAACACUUGCUCGUGUAAAUUCGUCGACAUUGCGGUAGCAUAACUGUUAAAAAGUGUUUUGUUAGCCGCGCAAAGCCAGAGGAUAUCUAAGAUGAAAGGGAAAGAGCGGUCGCCGGUGAAAAAGCGUUCAAGGGCCUUGGAUGAUAUACGCGACAGGGGAGGAAGCCAUCCGACCAGCAAGAAAAUGGGGGUUAUCUCGAUUUCUGGCGGCGGAAGCAACAACGGCAAUAGUUCAUCUAAAAGCGAAGGGGGUUCCGCACGACGGGCACUGAUCGGAGAUAAAAGAGAUGGACGGGAUUUUGAUGGACAUGUCUCCAGUCGGACUGGAAAUAACCACGGUUACACUAGCCCUGUUGCGAGCUCGAGCGGCAAGAAUCACGCCUCGAGCCUGUCCUUAGAGGCGGCCGCGCGCACCAACUCGCGCGGAGAGUCGCGCACCCCGCUUCCUGCAAACGAAAGUGAGUACAAAACUUUAAAAAUCAGCGAGCUCGGCUCCCAGCUGAGCGACGAGGAAAUCGAGGACGGCCUCUUUCACGAAUUCAAAAAAUUUGGUGACGUGAGUGUUAAAAUCAGCCGAGUCAACGACGAGAGAAUCGCAUUUGUCAACUUCAGGAGACCGGAUGAUGCCCGAGCAGCAAAGCACGCGCGAGGCCGGCUGGUGCUCUACGACCGUCCUUUGAAAAUUGAGGCAGUCUACUUGAAUAGGAGGAGAAGUCGAUCUCCCGUAGAUAAGGACCAUUUCUCUGUUGUAGCAGGCCAUAGACAUUUGCAUACACAGAGGCCGCUCUCUCCAACCGGUCUGGGUUACAGAGACUACCGUUUACAGCAGUUAGCGCUGGGUCGGCUUCCUCCUCCCCCACCCCCGCCGUUACCGAGAGAGCUUGAGAGAGAGCGAGAGUUCGCCUUUUAUGAAGCCAGGGCGCGGCCCGCGUACAUCGCGGAGCGAGCCGCUCCUUUCCGCGAGGAGGACUUUAUCUCUCCAGAGGACGACCAGAGAGCCAACCGCACACUAUUUCUGGGUAAUUUGGAUAUUACUGUGACUGAAAAUGAUUUGAGGAGAGCCUUUGAACGAUUUGGGACCAUCACAGAGGUGGACAUUAAAAGACCAAGUCGGGGCCAGAGCAGCACCUAUGGCUUUCUGAAAUUUGAAAACUUGGACAUGGCCCAUAGAGCAAAAAUUAGCAUGUCUGGGAAAGUUGUGGGCCGAAACCCCAUAAAGAUUGGCUAUGGCAAAGCCACCCCCACCACACGCUUAUGGGUGGGCGGUCUUGGACCUUGGGUGCCUCUGACUGCGUUAGCCAGGGAGUUUGACCGCUUCGGCACUAUCAGGACUAUAGACUACAGAAAAGGGGACACCUGGGCCUAUAUUCAGUAUGAAAGCCUGGAUGCUGCUCAGGCGGCCUGCACACACAUGCGUGGAUUUCCCCUCGGUGGUCCCGACAGGAGGCUGAGGGUGGACUUUGCUGACACGGAGCACCGCUACCAGCAGCAGUUCUUGCAGCCCCUCCCUUUGCAACAUUAUGAAAUUGUGGCUGAAUCUUUUGUCCAUCGCGCCACCCCUGAGGCAAUCAGGGUGCGAGAACGAACUCCCCCACCUCUGCACUUCAGAGAACGAGAACUGUAUGCUGGGGCUGAAUGGCCAGCGCCUGCCAUUCGUGAACGUGUACGAACGCCUGCGUUUGAGCCCCUUGAACACUUGGAGCGCGAGCGACGGCGAGAGGCGUGGUCACUGGAGCGGGAGCUGCCAGGCAGAGAUGCAGCACGCAAGCGACGGCUCAUGGAGGAUGGGAGACAUCUGGAGUGUUCACCUGACAGCAGCAGCGAGUGGGCGGCCCGACGUCGCAGACCGCCAUCCCUUGAGGGCAGCCCAGGAGGGAGCAGUCGCGAUGGACGAUUCAGUGACUCUGAGCGGCCAGCGAGAGCAGACCGUGUGUCCCCAGCACGAGAGAGCCACAGCAGCCUGGACAGAGGCCCUGGUGAAAAGCGCAUCAAAAGCAGCAGCACCCUCUUAGAGUCUAGUGUCGGCGUGAGUCCUGCGGAGAGAAAGCGCAAAGCGGGCGAUUCAGCCAAAGGUGCCUCCAAGAGGGACCGAUCUGAGAGCAGCUCCAAAAGCAACCAGGCUUCAAAGCAGGAUGCAGGGGGGAAGCUGAGCAUGGCCUGGAAUGGCAUGCUGCUCCUGAAAAACAGUAACUUCCCAGCCAGCAUGCACCUCCUGGAGGGGGACCUGAGCGUCGCCAGCAGUCUCCUCAUCGACGGCAGCACGGCUGGUAAAGUCACACAACUACGCAUCACACAACGGCUUCGCCUUGACCAGCCCAAGAUCGACGAAGUGUCCCGGCGCAUCAAAGUCGCAGGCCCAGGCGGGUAUGCGGUUCUACUGGCGGUUCCUGGCACCUCUGAGGAGACUUCAUCUUCGGACCCAGCAGCAUCGACGCAGAGGCCCCUGCGCAACUUGGUUUCGUACCUGAAGCAAAAGCAGGCCGCCGGGGUCAUCAGUUUACCCGUCGGGGGCAGUAGAGAUAAGGACAACACUGGGGUCCUGCAUGCAUUUCCACCAUGUGAUUUCUCUCAGCAGUUCUUAGAUUCUUCUGCGAAAGCUCUUGCCAAAACCGAAGAGGACUUUCUGGUCAUGAUCAUUGUGCGAGGAGCAUCUUAACAAUCAUAAUACACACAAAAGUGUUGUUAAAUGCAAACUUCUCUUAAUGUCUCUUAAUUGCAUGCUCUCUAAAGCAGACGUGGUACUAGAGUAAAGAGCAAAUGUUAUGACCUGCUCUGCCAAACAUGUACUAAAAAAAGAGAGAAAAAGGCCCAUUCGUAUAGCAAAGUUUAGCUCUAUAGCAAUAUAUUUGUUUUCAUUUGCAAUUUAUUCAGAUGUCUAGUUUGUGAUAAGUUGUACCCUGCUUAAAAGAAUGAUAUUGGGAAUAUUAGAAUAGGAAUUUAGUUUGCUAUUGGUCAUUAAAUGCUGUCUAGUUCCAACACUUCCUAUCAACAUGUAUUUCAGUCAGAUUCCAGACAGUCAUCCCUGUACGAAAUCUUUUUUGUGAAUGUUCAUUUCAUUCAUGUUCAUGAUUAUCAAUUAAUCUGAUUUAAUGGGAACCUGGUUUAUGUGUCUUGAUGCUUUGAAUAAUCGUUCACUAUUGGGGAGUGUAAUAGAGAUAUACAGUCCUGUAGGCCACUAAAACAGGCAAAAUAUUUUGCUCAGUGAACUGCAUGUUGAUGCUAGUGUUGUACAGUAAGCCAUUGCAGAGGUUUAAUAUAUGUUGCCAAAAAAUGUCAUCAGUGUUAUAUGAUACAGGCUGCGUUUUAACACCCCUUUAUCACAUUAAAAAAUAAUUUGUGAACGUAUUUUGAUUUAUAAACAUAGAUUUUUUUUAAGCCCUCCUUAGACCAAAGCAUGACAUCAAGCAUUCAGUUUGUGUUUAAAGAAGAAAAUACGUUGUUCUGACAUACUGUUUUCAUGUUUUUGGGUUACAUUUGAAAGGUUUUGAAUGAAGCAUAAUUCUGUUUUCAAAAUGGGAUAGUGUGAAAUGUCUGAGUUUAAAUUAUGAUGUGUCUCAGAUAAUUAAUUUGAGUAACACGGUGGUUUUAAUUCAUGUUCCCCCAUAGGACUGUCAUAAUUUCCCAGGUAAAACCUAUUUACAGUGAUAUUGUUAAUGAUAUUCUUAUGUAUCUUUAUAAAGAUAAAGACAAAAAAAGGUGCAUUUGCUAUAAGAACAGACUUUUCAGAUCAUCAGUGUAAAGUGAAUGUGGCCUGUAAUGUGAUAUUGUCAUAAUCAUCAAUAAUUUGCUAGAUAUGCCAUGUGGAUAGCACUAAGAAAUUAAUGUGUAUAACUCAUUUAAAGAAUUCCGGCCCACAUAUUUGUACAGAAAACUUGAUUUGAUGCCCUAACGAUUUGGUUCUUGUGCAGCUAUAAGACAGUCCUAUGUUUUAUUUCAUUGACAUACUUUUAGUUGACAAUAUAGACAUUUAAGUAUGUUUUAGUUGAACAGCCAUUUAUGUUUGAAAUAUUACACAAUGUUGUGGUUCUUAGGUGUCAUUGUUUGAAUGGUUUUAAAAUGACAGUCCACAAUUUUCUCUAAAAUCCUGAAGAAGUAGAAAUUUGUGUUCUUAGUCUGUUUAGCUAAUUGCAGUGUACUGAUCUGAUGCAUAACUAACAUCUUUUCAUGUAUGACUUUUCACACUAAAUUGUGUUUUAAAAGUUGAUUGGUUGGUGAUUUCAUAAUAUAAGAGCUGUUUGUGUACAUGAAUAAAUGGACAUACUGUACGUUCAGUCUUGGCUACACACAACAGGACAGGACAGGAAAUGGACCGUUCCACAAGUGGACUUCACAUGGCUGGAAGCAGAAAUGAUUGUUUGAAAUGAUUCAGGAGCCCUUUGGAUGCACAGGGGCAAGAGCUUUCCAUUUAGUGUUAGUGUACUCUCACUGAGAGCAUCUUCCUGCUUGUGUAAUUGUUUUUUUUUUUUUUUUUGUGCUUACAGUUCCCGUAUUUAAACGGAAAUAAUGACACUCUUGAUUUGUGCUGUAUUUACCUAAUUUCUUGAUUGGGGGAGAAAGAGGAAGCGGUCACUCACUCCUUGCACAGCUCUUGACGUGGCUGUUUGUACACACAAAAAGUGCACUGGCCCCUCAUUUGAUUAUAUCACGCUAUCAAUAAAUUGUUUCAUUUGAGGGAGAAAAUGUUUAUUCGUUGGAAAUCAAUUGAAGAACGCCUGCCGCUGCUUUUUUCGUUUGUGUUUCGGGAGGAAUUGUUGCUCGAUUGCUUGUUUCUGCUCAGGAAAGAGAAAUUCUCCUCCUUUGUGUUCGGCCCAGGAUCAGUCAUGGCAGUGAGAGCAAAGGGCGAGAGAGCUCUUUUGAGGCUCGAUGUUGUUGUUGAUCUGUGUUUUCCACCCUUGUGUCCUGGAGUGGCCCUACAUGCUAAGUAACCUGAGGGUGCUGCUGCCCCCAACCCUCAAACAGAUCAGGGAGAAGGGGGCUGUUCUUCUGAGCUUUGAGAAUGAGUGGAGAGAUGAUGUUUGCGCAGACCUUCACCUUAACUGAAGUCUCUGUUUCAGCACCUUCGCUGGGGUCUUUCGAUUCUCACGGCUGCUUCCUUUAUGUGUCCUUCAUCUGGAAGUAUCCAGGCUUGCUGUACUGUGCAUUGCCAGCACAAUAGAGGCCCUGAAUGAACCUCAAAUCAGUGAUUUCCAAUUCAGAGGAGCAGGCGUUUGUUUACCCCAUCCUUUGAUUUCAUCUGAUAUGAUUUUGUUUCGCUCCAUUGAAAAUCAGUGAAGGAAGAGGAUUUAGAAAAGCCAAAAGCAUUUUUAGCCUUCGAAAUUGUGUCUGACUUGAAUCGAGUUUUGAUAGUUUUGUUUUCUUAAACGUUUAUUUUCCCAAAGAGAAAAUGAUUAUCGGUACGUGGUAAAUUGACCCUUCGUUGUGAAGAACCCCCGAAAGAAAACAUGCUUCCAGUGUGAACUCCACCCAAAGUUAACAUGGAGUUUGCUUGCGAGGAGCCUCGUCAGGAGGAAGAAACUGAACUCCACCUCUUUCCCUUCCCUUAGUAAGAUGUCCAGUCAGCUGCAUCACUUCAC